AUGGGCCCCUGUACCGCCUCCUCAUGCUGCUGCCAGGCCCGUAAUCUGUCAUGGGCCCCUGUACCGCCUCCUCAUGCUGCUGCCAGGCCCGUAAUCUGCCAUGGGCCCCCGUACCGACUCCUCAUGCUGCUGCCAGGCCCGUAAUCUGUCAUGGGCCCCUGUACCCGCCUCCUCAUGCUGCUGCCAGGUCCAGAGUGUGUCAUGGGUCCCUGUACGGCCUCCCAUUGCUGCUGUCUCCAUCGCCACACUCUGCCAUGUGCCACUUUCAGGUCUCCACUGCUGGUGGGUUCCAUUUUGUCAUAGGGUGCUGGCAGAUUACGGGCCUCCCAUUGCUGCUGCCAGGCCCGUAAUCUGCCAUGGGCCCCCGUACCGACUCCUCAUGCUGCUGCCA